AUGGCACAAAAAGAAGAAGAAAACAAGGCUCCCGUGCGUUCGUCAAUCAUAAACUACGUGGAGAAUUUUCUCGAUAAACGUAAUCUUGAAUUACGCACGUCAACAGGUGAUGAGAGUGAUUCAUCGGCUACACAAGAAAUCAACAAAGAUUCAAUUGUGAUAAGAGCUGCUGGUGAUGAUGGCUAUCGACGUGAUCUUCUCGACAGUCAACAAUCGGCAUCGACAGAUAUCGAUGCUGAUGAUUUGAAUUUAGAUUCAGAUCCAAUUGUCGAAACACAUGAAGGCGGAGAACAAGUGUACAAACAACAAGUUUUCCUACGGCAAUAUCAACCACCAACACCAGAACCUAUUGAUAUUCAAGUACAAGAAGUUGCUGUUAAACCACAGAUUCAACGGCCACCUAUUCAUGUUCAUGUCGGACCAGCAGCGAAUAGAGAAACACAACGUACUCCAUCGCCUAUUCUUAUCAAAAGUGCACCUCCGCCACCACCACCCGCAACGGAAGAAACCGUUUUCUAUAACAAAUAUGUUCCAUUAGAAACGAAACCAUUACCACAACAAAUUGUUAUACAUCGUUAUCCAGAAUUGCCACCAAAACCUCGUCCUAUUGUGGUUGAGCAGUGGUUACCGAACAAACCUGCACCUAAACGUAUUACUUAUCGUCAUAUCAAUCCUGAAGAAUAUGCUCAAAAUGAAAUUCGUCGAUCACGCAAUCGUUUUAUUGAAUACAAAAAGCCACACACAACCAUUGAAGUCGAAAUCAUUCGUUUACCAAUUGUUAAAUUAAAACCUGAGGAAUACGGAAAUCGCUCACCUCAAUUGACACGACUUGAUCAAGUUCGCUCGAUGACUCAAGAUCCCAAUACAUUGAAUUGGCGAAUUUAA